AUGUCGGGCGAUCAGUCCCGCAGCCUGGGCAAGGGUAGCGCGGCGCCGGGCCCCGUGCCCGCGGGGCUGCUCCGGCUCUACAGCAUGCGCUUCUGCCCCUACGCGCAGCGGACGCGCCUGGUUCUCCGCGCCAAGGGCAUCAGCCAUGAAGUAAUCAACAUCAAUCUGAAGAACAAACCUGACUGGUACUUUGAAAAGCAUCCCUCUGGGCUGGUUCCUGUUCUGGAGACCAGCAAGGGCCAGCUGAUCUGGGAGUCCCCAAUCACCUGUGAGUACUUGGAUGAAGCAUUUCCAGGGAAGAAGCUGAUGCCUUCAGACCCCUAUGAGCGAGCCUGUCAGAGGAUGCUCUUGGAAGACUUCUCAAAGAUAACAUCCUUGCUUUUCAAGCAUGUUUUGGCAGUCAAAGAUGGACAGGACACCACUGCACUGAAAGCAGAGAUUGUUGAAAAGUUUGGCAAACUCGAAGAGGUUCUGUCCAAACGCAACACAGUGUUUUAUGGUGGGGACUCAGUCUCAAUGAUUGACUACCUGAUCUGGCCAUGGUUUGAACGUCUGGAACCAUUCCAGCUGAAAGACUCUUUGAAUCACACCCCAAAGCUCCAAUGCUGGGUGGAGGCCAUGAAGGAGGACCCUGCUGUCAAGGCUACAAUAACUGACCCACAGACAUUCAAAAACUACCUCCAGCUGUAUCUGAAGAACAGCCCUGAGGCAUGUGAUUAUGGGCUCUGAGGUGCCAGUAGGAAUGUGAAGUGUUAGUGCUGUUUUUCAGUGUGGGAAGUCAGUGUAAUUUG